GGCUUUACAUGCUCUCCACGGCUGACUUCAGUGAGAAGACCCUGAGCCGGUAGCCUCCCAAAGCUGACACUGGAAACCAUGAACGCCACGCUGAUGAAGGGCGUCAACGGGUCUGAGCGCUGCCCCCGAGACACUCGGAUAGCACAGCUGGUGUUCCCAGCCGUCUACACUGUGGUUUUCCUCACCAGCAUCCUGCUGAACACGCUGGCCCUGUGGGUGUUUCUCCGCAUCCCCAGCUCCUCGACCUUCAUCGUCUACCUCAAAAACACCGUGGUGGCCGACUUGAUAAUGACGCUCACGAUUCCGUUCAAAAUCCUCACCGACUCACACCUUGGACCCUGGCAGCUCCGAGCCUUUGUGUGUCGUGUCUCUGCCGUCAUCUUUUAUGCGACCAUGUAUGUGGGCAUCAUACUGCUAGGCCUCAUAGCCUUUGACAGGUUCCUCAAGAUCAUCAGACCUUUUGGGAAAUUUUUCGUACAAAAACCUGCUUUUGCAAAAAUAGUCUCAACCGUCAUCUGGUUCCUUUUGUACCUCCUCUCUCUGCCAAACGUCAUCUUAAGUAACAAGGAAGCCACACCGUCAUCUGUGAAGAAGUGUGCCUCCUUAAAGGGUCCUCUGGGGCUGAAAUGGCAUCAAGUGGUGAAUUACAUAUCCCAGGUCAUCUUCUGGACUGUUUUUGUCCUAAUGCUUCUGUUUUAUGUGGUGAUUGCAAAACAAGUAUACAAUUCUUAUAGAAAGUCCAAAAGUAAGGAGAGCAAAAGCAACAAGAAGCUGGAAGGUAAAGUAUUCAUUGUUGUGGCUGUCUUCUUUGUGUGCUUUGCUCCGUUUCAUUUUGCCAGAGUGCCGUAUACGCACAGCCAGACCAACAGUAGGACUGACUGCCGGGUGCAAAACCACCUGUUUAUAGCUAAAGAAUCAACUCUCUUUUUGGCAGCAACUAACAUUUGUAUGGAUCCCUUAAUAUAUAUAUUCUUAUGUAAAAAAUUCACAGCAAGGCUACCAUGUACGAGAGGGAGAAAGAUCGCAGCAUCAACCCUAGAAAAUCAAACCAGUCAGACUGACAAUAACAUAAACCUAGGCUGA